AUGAGUGCGCAGUACGCAGUCCGCAGUCCGCAGUCCGCAGUCCGCAGUCCGCAGUCCGCAGUCCGCAGUCCGCAGCAACCGGCACCAUUACAUCCCUCACGAAUACAACUUCCGACACCUUCCCGUCUUCGAAUCGGAUCGACCGUCAAGAUCCUCGGUCAAAAAACCUCCGUCCUCUGUAAGUUGUUACUGAUUAGACCGUCCUGUCAAACCAACCGACUAAGAAGAAUGCUUCAAUUGAAGUUCCUUCCGCCAUCCAAACACCGUCGCCGAGGCCGGUCCUUCAUUCCCUACUUGGGUUCCGUCUGUCGUGUUUCCACCACUGGCCGGUUGAAGAACUACGCUAGCCGUGGAUCCGUGUCAAGUCUAGAUGCCUAUCGCUGGCACUUGGUUCCCAAAAAAGCCUCAGGUCCCUCUUUUCCGUUUGCCCAGGUCGGUUUUAGGUCGGUUUUAUCCUAUCAUCAAGCUGGUGGGGGGCAUCCAAACCAACGCGGUCGUGACUCCGUUCACCAUUAG